UCCCAGCAUGCACCUGGACGAGCUGUGGACAAGAUGAGUCUUCCGGACCUGAAGUCACCUGGAAAACAGUCUGCACCUGCAAACACACUCUCCCCGGUGGUGCAGCUGAACGUGGGCGGUCACGUGUUCAGCACCUCUCUGAGCACACUGAGGAAACACCCCAGCUCCACGCUGGCCGAGCUGUUCAGCGGACAUCCCAAACUACGCGCGGACGCACAGGGGCGCUUCUUCAUCGACCGGGACGGCUCCCACUUCGGAGCUGUGCUGGAGUUCCUGAGGUCAGAGCGGCUGCCCACCGAGCACGUCCUGGAGGUUCACAGGGAGGCAGUGCACUACAACAUCAAAGCACUCAUCAAACUGCUGGAGGAAACUCCUGUGAUGUUCGGAGAGCAGGUGGGAAGACAGCAGUUCCUCUCCAGAGUCCCACACUACAGAGAAAACAUCGAGGUGCUGAUACGAAUCGCCAGAGCCGAGGCCAUCGCCGCACGCCAGUCCACCAUCAUGAUCUGCGUGCUGAGGACGGAGGAGGACCUGGGUCUCUCCGAAGACGCCAUCAACAGCUUGGAGGCGGCCAAGGAGUCGGUGGUGACCUUCGGGCCCUGGAACGCGACUCUCUCCGUUAGAGACUUGCUGGACUGUGUCAAGAUGGACAUCGGGAGUCAGGGCUACAAGGUGAGCAUCAAGCCUCACCUCGUGGAGAAGAGCUUCCUGUCCAAGAGAUACGACUACUUCCACAAACUGGUCUUCACCUGGUGGUGACGAGGAGGCGGCUCCUCUCUUUCGAUCCAGACGGAAGUGAAGCUGUGGACGAACCGACCUGCCCAAAGAAGAGAAGAGAAAGAAUAACGAUGCAAUAAAUACAUGAAUAUUCCAUUAAAUGCAAGAAAAAUUAUAUUGUGUAGUUGAUCUGUACAUGUCAAUCAUCCAAUAGGUGAAAACUCAACCCCAUGACACACUUUGACUGACAGCCCCUCAUUUGCAUAAUGACACAGGAAAUACAUGGAAAAUGAAACCAAAGAUAAAUAAAUUAAUUCAUACACAGAUUGACAACAAAAAGUACAGUUUGUAUUAAUUCCUCUCUCUGUAAAGGUAGAAACAAUAAGAAUAUCAAUGUAGGUCACAUAUUCUAAAUACAUUGUUCAUUCCUCUAUUAAGUGUCUUAAAAAACAGGCAGAAGAUCAAUAAAUAACAUUUCUUAAAAACCCCGGUGCCGAGUUUCCACAAUACUUUAGAUUAAUGCUGUUUGUUCAUUCAAGGUAAAAUAAAUGAUUUUGUUCAGUCACCAGUUUAAACAGCAGGGGUCAGUAGAGCAUCUGUAUGUAAUGAUUUUCAGAGGUGCUUUGUUAAAGUAGUUACAGAUUCUUAAAAAGUCCUUUGUCUAAAAUUGCAUUUUGGUGCUCGUAUAUGUAACUGUAGUUUCAUAUCCUGUGCACUGUUGGUGUAGUCGUGUUUUCCUGCUGCUAAACUAUAAUAAACAGUAAACCAGA